UGGAAUGGAGAGAGAGAAAGGGCGAAACGGACGGGCAGGCGCGACUGCAGCCUCCUUGCCCUCCUUCCACUCUGUUCAUUAAUGCCACCGGAAGCGGCGGCAGCACAACCCGGUGGGGCUGGUGCCGUUCCUUAUUUUCUCCACCACCUCUUUCCGCCACCACCCCAACCCCUUGGGGCUGCAGGCCGACGUCGUCGACGUCCACUACUUCCGCCGGCCGCCGCUACCUGCGCCCCAGCCAAUCCAUUUCGCGUAUAUAGUUUCAAUCUUCAAUUAAUUAAUUUCCUCCACUAUUAUUACGUACAUUUUCUUGCGUGAUCCUCCUCAUAAAAUUAAUUAAACUGUAACCAUACGUACCGUCAGAAUGGGAGAACCGGCAGAGAGAUUGGCCCGCCCGAACUUGCCGUGUUCUUCGUCGUCGAGUUCCUCCGAUUGCGAGAGGGAGGAGCUGAAGCGGCUGGAGCACGCACCGCCUUUCUGGAGAAACAACCGCAAGCGGCUGUCGAAGCAGCUCUCCAUGUGCGAGACUCGCCGUGAUAUAGCCUGGGAGCGGCACCGGCGCCGCCAGAUUCUAGGCCUGGAGCGGAGGAAGGACGGGAUGAAUGAGUCGGACGAUUUGACCGACGAGGACCUCAAUGAGCUCAAAGCUAGCAUCGAGCUCGGGUUCGGCUUCAACGAGGAGAACGGCCAAACUCUGUGCAACACAUUGCCGGCUCUUGACCUAUAUUUCGCCGUCAAUCGGCAGCUCUCCAUGAGUCCAAUGUCCACGCCGAAUAGUACAGCUUCGCCGACAUCUCUCAGAGCCUCAGGGUCUAGAUCGCUAGGACACCGGUCGUCGUCGUUUGGCAGCGCCAGAAGCGAAUCCGACUCCUGGAAGAUAUGCUCUCCAGGCGACAGUCCGCAGCAAGUGAAGACGAAGCUGAGGCAUUGGGCACAAGCUGUUGCAUGUUCUGUGAUGCAGUCCUCUUAA